CUCUGCUGUGUGCCAUGUGAGUCUUAUAUUCACCAGGAUGGCUGGCAGACCCAAGAAAUGUUUGUCUUUCAUUGGAUUCAGCCUUAUCUGUCUUAAAAUGGUUGCUUCAGCAAAUACAGCUCCUGAAAUACCCACUAUUGAUCAGGCAUAUUCAAAAAUCAGCACCAGCAUCACUGUGGAAUGGGCCACAGUGCCAGGGGCCACCAGUUAUCUCCUCACGGCUGAAGAUGGAGGCACUGUCAUUGAAACCAUGGUGGCCAAUUCCCCAGGCACUGUGACAGGCCUGAAGGCUGCAACCUUGUACCAAAUCACUGUCAGAUCCGUCAGUGCCACUGGGAGAAGCCCAGCAUCGCUUCCAAAGCAGGCAAAGACAGUGUUGGCUGCACCAAUUCUAGAAGUAAGCUCUCCAAGUCCAGACUCUAUUCUUGUACAGUGGGAAGCUGUAUAUAUGGCAAUUGGAUUCUCUGUGUCCAUUAUGCGAGCCAAUGGUUUGGGUAGAAUAUGGAAAGAGAAUACCACAAACACCUCCUUGACAUUCACCAGGUUAGAUGCUGGGACUCUCUACACCAUAAAGGCCUAUGCGUGGAAUGCCAAUGGAACCCCUGGGGACGACUCCACCUGCAAUCAGAGAACAAGUCCUCGUGCCCCUGCCAGCAUUCAAGUCUCUCUUGACGGUGGGGCUCUGAAGGCUUCUGUUUCAUGGGCCCCAACGGAAGGAGCUUUCAACUAUACCGUGAUGGCUUUGAGUGACUCUUCGGAGCUGAGCUGUAGUACGACUCUCAGUGCCUGUACUAUCUCCUCCCUACAGUGUGGGACUGAGUACCUAAUUUCAGUUUUAGCAAGUAAUGAUGCUGGGUCUAGCAAGUCAACUUCAUCAGAGGCCCUAAAAACUGUUGCUUGUGCACCUGGAAGAGUGACCAUCCAAGAAGAUCCUCCGGGCCACCUGUCUGUGGCUUGGUCCAAUGUAGAUCUGGGUGAUUACUAUGUGGCCUUUGUGAAGAGUGAUGAUGGCUUGGAAGUCCACUGCAACACAUCCCUCACCCAGUGCAAUUUCUUAUCUGAAUGUGGCUUCACUUACUUUAUUAGUGUUUUUGCCUAUAACAAGGCAGGGCAGAGUCCUCUGGGCGAUGUGUUCAAUUAUACCACAGCCCCCUGUUGUCCUAGCGAUAUUAACCCUGUGUUGGUGUCCAGUGACAGAGUAGAGAUUGUCUGGUCUCCUGUCCGUGGUGCCGAACUUUAUGAAACCAAGGCUGUAGAUGGGUUCAAAGUGGUUGAGUGCAAUGACACCGCUCCUGCUUGCACCCUCUCCGCUCUAGAGUGUGACACCAAGUACAACGUCACAGUGUAUUCCUUCAGCGAAGUCCGGGGCAGCAAUAUGUCAUGUACUUCCCGAUUUGUAACCACAGCUCCUUGCAGUCCCGAAAUAAAAAACGUUUCAAAGGAUGCAUUCUCCAUGAUUCGUGUGCACUGGCGAUCCACUAAUGACGAUGCCACUUACACGGUGACUGCCCAGGGGGAGAAAGGGCUGUAUCGGUGCAGCAGCACGGGAGAGUCCUGCGUGAUGGGGAGCUUGCCCUGCGGCUCCGUGUUCUCCGUCACUGCGGUGGCUGAAACACAGGCAGGGCGGAGCCUGCCCAGCUUCAGUGUGCCCCUGGAAACAGUGCCGUGCUGUCCAGCUGGUCUGACAGUAACUCAGGUCACCCAAUCAGUAAUCAACGUGAGCUGGACUGUUGGGACCGGGGCCCAAACCUAUGUGACAGUUCUGGAGUCACACACCGGACAGUCUAAGUGUCUCACCCAUCAAAACCAGUGCCUCCUGGGAUGUAUCACAUGUGGCGUCAAUUACACAGUGGCAUUAAAAGCGAUUAGUGCCACUGGGUUGACUGCAGACUGCACCUACCAAAGUUAUUCCUCUAGUGCCUGCUGCCCUUUGGGAGUGAAAUUAUAUAGGCUGAGCCCUAAUGGCAUCCGAAUCUACUGGCAAGCCUCCAGGGGCUCUACCAAUUAUAGCACUGACCUCUACGGUUCUAAAGGCAUUUUCACCUGUGCCCCAAGAGCUGGCCUCAGUUUUUGUGAUGUCACCGAGAUACCCUGUGGGGAUGUAUAUACCGUGAUGGUCUCACCAGUUGCUGAGACAGGACUGAAGCUUACUUUCUGUCCAAAAAAAAUCUAUUCAGUAACCUGCUCUGGAAGUACACUUGGAAUGGUGAUUUACCGAGGGAAAAGAAAUGCAGAAUAA